AUGUUUAGAUCUAAGCGAUCGCAAAGCGUCGAUGGCCCUCCACCCUCUAGCGGUAGAGGAUUCUUUAGCAAGGUCGCCAGAGUCAUGUCCUUCAAACGUAGUUCAAGCCAGUCGGACCCUGUCUGGUUCGAGGCGUACCCUCCACCUCCCGCACCAUUUCCAGCGGCGGGGCCGCCCGAUCGCAUUAUAGGUCCACCUAUAACUUUUGGGCAAUAUUCAUCGUAUGGCCAAGGACCGCAGUACCAUCCUCCUGGUGGAUAUAACGCUUAUCACCCUCCGCGGCAGACGGACUUUAUACCACCACAACUGGCACCACCUGUGAAUGGACCAGCUUAUGGUACCACCCCACCGAGACCCUACCCAACUAACUACAGACCUCCUCCAAGGGACCACCCACCUAAUUUCAGCGGACCUCAGCCGCGACGCCCGUCUGACGCCUCCCAAAACAUGGCUUUCAAUUCUAACUAUGUCCCCGCACCGCCGCCGCCGCCGCCGCAAGAGCGCCAAAGUCGACCAGAACAUAGGCGCCAGCAGUCUUCCUCAACCUCCCGACCGUACAAUCCCCAGCGUGGGCCGUAUACGAAUGCAUAUGACCAGACGUCCCAUUCAGCGCGGCCUGUGAAUCGACAUUCGUCCUCCUCUAACCGUGUCGAUGCAGCUCCGCAAGCACGUCAGGCAAAGCCUCCACACGUGCCCUACUUCAUUGACCCCGACGCUCCUCGACCCCGUCGAGAUUCCGAUUUAUCGUCGAGGUCACGAGAACAUGCAGAGCAGCCAAGUAGUAGUCAGCGUCGUAGGUCGAAUCCAUACGCCUCGACGCCACGGAACUCGAAUUCGUCGCUGCCACGGCCCGAGGAGACGACCAUUGCUGCUCCCCAACCUCAGAUUGCCAAACGUCGUGUGCAGCCGUACGAGCUUGCGCAGGAGGUGAAGAUCACAUCCAAGGUGGAGUACCCGAGCAUACUGUACCACUUCUGGAACCCGCCCUCCGACGCCCAGUACUGGAAGGACAGCCGCACCGUCUCAGACGUCCCCCGGGCCCGUGCUAACAUUGCGAUUACCCCACCGGUGACGAAGAUAUGGAUAGCGAGCUACAAGCACGGCGACGCGCUUUCUAUUGCCCUCACGCGGUGGGGCGACAUCGAGAUCGGGCACAACUUGAAGCCCAAGCCUAUCACCGUGCGCGACAUCCUCCUGGGCAUUUGGGAUUACUUCCAGAGGCCACUCGCGCCAGAUGAUUGGGCAGAGUUCUUGGAGGAUAGUAGCUUGUUUGUGAGCAUACACCAGUGCUAUGCAUAUAGGAGGCAGAACACGCAGGCGCAGAUGCCGGAGAACGCGAUGGAUGCGGCUACCAGGGCGGAUACGCUAUGGGGAUAUUGGGUGUUCCGCGGUCUUGAGCUCGAUGACGAUUUCGAAACGACGCGAAAGGUGUAUCUGAAGGUCUCGCAUUAUUUGGCGCAGGAUUGGAAUAACUAG